GUCUAAUGGUUCUUUUCUUGAGGUUAUGUGUCAAAGGUUACAAGAUAGGGUGUGAAUAAUUAGUGAUUUUAAAGUUUCCAAGUAGGUUUCAUUCGCUUCCUCUCACUUUGAAAGACAUUUAAAGUGAGUGCAUACAAUUUUUUGAAUCAUGGGCAGUGGUAGCAGCUCCACCAGGAAGGUAGAAGUGGAAAAUGACGGAACAGUGAUUCGAGUGUCUGAUGCAGUCGUUGACCGAUUAAAAGGUAUAAAACCAGAAAGUAAACCUGAAUCAGAACGAGCUGUUUAUCCUAAUCAACAUCACGUUUCACCAAAUAGCCUAACUUCACUAGAUGUCAAGAGGCUUGUGGAAAAAGAACUUGCAGCCAAUGAUCAAUAUUGGAAUGACCGACUUCUGAAACUUCAAGCUAGUAGUAGGUCCAUCGAAGAUGUCAUGAAACUAGAAUAUUAUCAAGCGAUCAAAGAGAUAGAGUCCAUGUACCCUGAACGUAGUUUUGGGAAGAAAGUGCCUUGUGAAGAUGUGAAGAAGAACAUAUUGAAAUGUUACGAGGAGAACAGACAUCAAGCCCUCAAAUGUUCACAGGAAGUCCUCAAAUUCCAGAAUUGCUUGGUGAAUAAAGCUUAUUAGUUUUGAGUCAGUGAUCUUCCAUUAGCCAAAGUUGUUAAAGGUGAAUUGUAUCAGCAGUUUUUAUGUUCAGACCUAGUCAAUCAACUAGCAGGUACAGUUAAAUCAUUGUCUCGUCAUCCUGUCCAGUAUGCAUAUUUUCUGUCCUAGAUUUCCAUGUAAGAACGGAGGCUUACUAUAGCUUCAAUGAAAGUAAUUUUUCUCUAACUUCACUCUGCAUAGUACUUUGGGCAAAAAACAACCGGGAAGGUUGGAAAUAGCUCUGCCCAAAAUGUUCUCAAAUUUGCAUUCUUUUUCGAUCAAUCAUACGUGCAUGAUUUAUUUUAGAGGGAAUUUCACUCAAUGCCAUUUUAAAGUAGAACUGCGCUAAACUUGAAGUGAAUUGGGCAUUAACACUGUUGUGUCACCCAUUUCCAAAGCACUGCGUUGAUUAAUUGACUAUGCAUAAAAAUCUGCUUUGUUUGAAAGUUUGCUUAUCAAUGCUUACUUAAAACAUGUUGAAUUUUAUAAGUGUUUAUGUUAUAAUGCCACAGAUUGUAAGUAUUUGUAAAUUAUAUUGAUAUUUAAAUAAUCAAA